UAGCCUCCGCGCACGGCACGGCGUCGAUCGCGCGCGCUACGCGGCGCUCCCCGUGACACCCCUCCCGCCCGAGGCGCGCGGCGAAGGCGCGACGUCAUGUGCGGCAUCUUCGCGUACGUCAACUACGGCGUCCCGACGCAGCAAAAAGCGAUCGUGGACAAGCUCCUGAACGGGCUCCGAAGACUGGAGUAUCGCGGGUACGACUCCGCGGGGAUCGCGGUGGACAACGGCCCGACCGUGGACCAGCUCUCCCCGGUCGUCCUGAAGGAGACCGGGAAGAUCGACGAGCUGCAGAAGCACAUCGAAGGACGCGCCGCGGAGCUGCACGGAGAUCUGUACUUCGAGAACCACUGCGGGAUCGGACACACGCGAUGGGCGACGCACGGCCCGCCCGCGCCGAAAAACUCGCACCCGCACACGUCCGACGUCGCGAACGAGUUCCUCGUCGUGCACAACGGGAUCAUCACGAACCACGGGGCGCUGAAGGCGAUGCUCGAGAAGAAAGGGUACGCGUUCGAAUCGGACACGGACACGGAGGUGAUCCCGAAACUGACCAAGUUCCUCUUCGACAAGUUCGCGCCGAGACGGAUCACGUUCCGACAGCUCGUGAUGGAGGUCGUGCGGCAGCUUCACGGCGCGUUCGCGCUCAUCUUCAAGUCCACGCACUACCCCGGCGAGCUCGUCGCCGCGAAGCGCGGGUCGCCGUUGCUGUUGGGGAUCGUCGAGGAGAAGAAAACCUCCGUCUCCGUCGUGACGUCCGAGGGGUACCGAACGUCCAACGCCGGCGACAACGACGCGGACGAAGCCCCGGACGCGAAGCGCAGGAAGAACGCGCCGCGGAAGCAACACCUUGAGUUUUACUUCGCCUCCGACGCGAGCGCGAUGGUGGAGCACACGAAGCGGGUGUUACACCUCGAAGACGACGACGUCGCGCACCUCCACGACGGCGGGUACGGCAUCUACCGCAUGGAGCGCAGCGCGGAGGUGGAGCGGACCGUGGAGACGUUGAAGAUGGAGCUGGAGAACAUCAUGAAGGGAGAGUUCGAGCACUUCAUGAAGAAGGAGAUUCACGAGCAGCCGGAGAGCGUCGUGCAGACGAUGAUGGGGCGCGUCGUGAAGGACAUGGAGGGCGCCGCGUCGCGCGUGUUCCUCGGCGGGAUGAUCAAUUUCGUGUCCACGAUUCGAAGAAGCCGACGGAUCGUCCUGUGCGGCUGCGGGACGUCGUACAACUCUGCGAUCGCGGUCAGGCAGCUCAUGGAGGAGCUCACCGAGCUCCCCGUCACGCUCGAGCUCGCGUCCGACGUUCUCGACCGGCGGUGCCCGUUCUUCAGGGACGACACGUGCGUGUUCAUAUCCCAGUCUGGGGAAACCGCCGAUACGUUGAAAGCGAUGCAGUACGCCAAGGACCGCGGCGCGCUGUGCGUCGGGAUCGUGAACACCGUCGGAAGCGCCAUCUCGCGGAGCACCGACUGCGGCGUGCACAUCAACGCCGGCGCGGAGAUUGGCGUCGCGUCCACGAAGGCGUACACGUGCCAAAUCGUCGCGAUGGUGCUCCUCUCGCUGUCGCUCUCCGAGGACAGCAUGUCGUUGCACUCGCGACGGAAGCGCAUCAUGUCGAGUCUGUUGGAGCUCCCGAACGCGAUUCGAAAGGCGCUAUUGCUGGACGCACAGAUGCGCGAGCUCGCGAAGGAGCUCAAGGACGAGAACUCGCUGCUGCUUCUCGGGCGCGGAUACAACUACGCCACCGCGUUGGAGGGCGCGCUCAAGGUGAAGGAGGUGGCGCUGCUGCACAGCGAAGGGAUCUUGGCGGGGGAGAUGAAGCACGGGCCGCUCGCGCUCGUGGACGAGGUCUUGCCGCUGAUCAUCGUCGCGACGAUGGACGACUCGUACAAGAAACAAGAGAGCGCGGUGCAGCAGCUGCGCGCGCGCGGAGGACGGUUGAUUCUCAUCGUCAGCGAGGAGGACGACGAGAUCGCGAAAACCGCGGGGGACAAGGCGACCAUCGUCCGGGUGCCCACGGUGGAAGAUUGCCUGCAGAGCGUCGUGAACAUCGUGCCGCUGCAGCUGUUGUCGUAUCAUCUCACCGUGCUGCGGGGGCACAACGUGGACCAGCCGAGGAACCUCGCGAAGUCGGUCACGGUGGAGUAGACGCGAACGGGAGAGAGUAACGUACGACGUAGUCGACGACGACGUAAUGUGAUCAUUUUUUAACGCGAACAGAAUUGCGCG